AUGACAGUGGAAGAUUGCCGGAUUGAGCUUAAUGAAGACAAACACGAAGUAUUAAGAAGAUAUCGCACCGGAGUUGAAAGUUCACUCGCAAAGGCCGGCCUAUUGGAGUCACUGGACAUGACUGUUCUGCAAGCCUUUGUCAUAUACAUUGCUUGCAGUAGGCGGUAUGAGAAAGGACUAGACAUUAGGAAAUCGCUUGGGAAUGCCAUUGGAAUUGCGCUCAAAAUCGGCCUGCAUCGCGAUUCUACUUUAGGAUUAACACCGUUUCAAGUCGAAAUGCGUCGUCGACUCUGGUGGCAGAUAUAUACUCUCGAUAUCAAUAUCGCAGAGGACUAUGGCACAACUCCUCGUAUUCUAGAGUCAUGGUUCGACACAGAACUCCCUUCGAAUGUGAGCGAUGCAAGCCUUGACCCUGAUAUGAAACACCCGCCUCAGAAUUGUAGCGGGAAAACAGAGAUGGUGUUGAGCCUCACAAGAUCUGAGAUCAGUAAUUUUGCCCGUCGAACCAUCCUCUCUGACCAGUUCCGCGACGAAAAUUGCUACCCAAUUUUAUCGGCUUCUCAGAAAUCCACCGCGGUAGAUCUUUUCAAAGAGAAAGUCGAGCAGCAAUAUUUAUCGCAUCUAGAUCAAAGUAUUGCGCUAGACUAUUUUACAACCGUCUCCAGCAAUCUGAUACUCGCGAAGCUCAAACUGGCAGUGAUAAAACCCCGAGCGAGGCAAGACCAGUCUAUGCUCAUGCAUGUGAACCUGCGAAAGGUUUGCACGGAGAUUCUGCAGAAAACUGCGGCUUUGAGACGCCAUGAAAAGAGUAGACAGUGGCUCUGGAUUUUUCAAAACCACAUCGAAUGGGAUGCCUUGACAUGUCUGCUCAUCAAUCUUUCUCUGGUCCCGAAAGGCCAGGGGUUGGAUUCGGCAUGGCAAACGGUCAAUGAGACAUACAAUUACUUGAAGAUGGACGGUGACUGCCGACGUGAUCACCGCUGGGGGCAUAUCGAAGAACUCCGCACGCAGGCUCUGUUUUCUCGGGAUAUGAUACAGAUCAAUCCAUCGCAUUGGGGGAUAUCACCAGACGACAGCGGCUUCGAAGAAUCACACACCAUGGCUAUAGAGUCACCACAGCACCCUGGGCUCGGGACAUUAAAGCGCCAGAGAGAAGACGAUAUUGGUUCUUCCCGUUCUUCCCCAGGCGAGCUGGAACCCGGAGCCCCGAACUGUCGUUCUGAGGUAUCGACUAUGCAAUCAGAAGCCCAGGAACAUCUUCCCCGUAUGUGGGCGUUGGCGAAUGCUGCCGCGGCUGCUCCGGCCGCUAUUGACAGUUCGUCUCACAUGGAACCAGCUAGUGAACAUACAGACAUACCGAGUUCAGGCACUGGCUGUCAGUGGAGUGCGAAUCUCUUUGAGCGAUACUUUCAGGUCUUGGGCUCUGAGCAAACAACACUGUUAUGA